UGUAAACUGACCAGAAAUGAGUGUAUUUCUCAAAGUGCCAAAACAUAACACUGGAGAGGCGAAGAAUUCCUAGGUAUGGUUCUGUACAAGCUUCUCCUUAUCCAGUGACGGGGAUGUCUUCUGUUUAGUGGACUUGCAAGAGCGUGGUUAUGUGUCCCUAUCCAUGGAAGGCACUCUUGCAAGGGCUUUAUACUCUUUCCAGGCAGAAAAUCCUGGUGAACUCUCUGUUCCACAAGGAGGCAUCAUAAGAAUUACUCAAUACAUUGAUAAGCACUGGUUGGAAGCCAGUUAUAAGGGAGAAACUGGUUGGUUUCCUGUUACCUAUACAGAAAGAUUAGAAAAUGGAUUAAAGGAUAAAAGAGAACACAAACAUGCACCAUCAAGGCAGCUUAUAGGCAAUGAACUCAAUGAUAUUUUAACCAAGCAGAGCAGUCCUGAUAGAUCUGUGGUGGAGACUGCUUUUGCAUUUUGCGCUCGAAAUGACAGUGAGCUUACCUUUCCGAGUGAUGCUCUAAUAGAGGUUAUUAAAGAUGUUGAUGAAGACUGGAUGGAAGGCUCGUUCAAUGGAAGGAUUGGGCUCUUCCCAAAGAGUUACAUCAAAUCGUUUGAGAGGCCAUGUGCCCGUGCAGUGUACCCAUUCGUUGGGGAAAGUGCAGGGGAAUUAACAUUUCGUGAAGGUGACCAUAUCUUUCUUCGUAAACGUUUGAAUUCACAAUGGAUGGAAGGAGAAAUCAAUGGAAUUGUUGGUCUUUUUCCUUCAAGCUUUGUUGCUGUUGAAGUUGACUUACCACCAGAGCAAAAUACCUUUGAAAAUGAACUCUUUUCAUUUGUGGAUUCAUAUUCCAAACCCAGAGACCAAAGCAGUGCAAUCAUUCCUAAUGUUGAAUGGAAGCGUGGAAUGAAAGGAAAGGCAAUGUUUCAUUUUACUGCAUUGUAUUCAGGAGAUCUUGAGUUGAAUAAAGGAGAUGUUGUGACUGUUCUUGACAUUGACGACGAUAACUGGAUAGAGGGCCAGCUGGAUAAUGGAAUUUGUGGUGCUUGCCCUGCUGCAUAUCUAGAACCUAUUUAUGACAUAAGCACUGAGUUUUCAGAUAGGAAACUUCAAAGGAGGACACAAAGACUUGCAUCUGAUGAAACUUUCUCUGCUUUAUUUGACAACUUGGUGUCUGAUGCAGGUUAUUUUAGUGCAUCGCACAAGGGUCAACAAGGGAACAGUUCUGUUGAAUCCUCCCCAGGAAAGGAUAGAAAAUCUUACAAUUAUCUUUUAGAUUCAUCUUUCACUUUGGAUCCAACUCCAACACUUCUACCAUCUAACCUACCUACCUCUAAAUAUACUUCUGAAACUAUGCAAAUAGAUAAACCUAUAUUCAAAUCAAGGCCAGCAAUUGGAACCAAACCAACCCAAAGUUAUUCAGUGAAAUACUUAGGUGGUGAAAGCCGACAAGAACCCUCCACAAGCAAAAGUCACCAAACUGUGGUUAGUUCUGUAGUUACUUUGCCAUCACAUGGAAGAGUUACAAUGUCAAAUGCAAAAGAGAGGGCUGAAUAUUUUUCCUCAGAGACUGUAACUUCACAUAAGCAUUCUCAGUUUCAUCCUUCAAGUUAUCAAAAUUCACCCAGAACUUGGCCUGAUAAACGAAGUGGUAAUAGUGGACAUAUGUCACUUGAAAGUACAAGCGGUGAUUUUGAUGAUGAAUUUGAUUUGCUGUCAGGGAACUGCACUUCACUACCUUCACCACUUUUGCCCUUGCCUCAAAGAGGAUUGGAGGAUAGAAACAAUGAAUCAAGUGCAUCAGAUGAUUCUCCAAUCACACCCAGACGACCAGCACCCCCUCCCCCAAAACGAAAUAGUAGUCAUAAAAUUCACAUGCGUAGUAGCACACUACCAGCUCACAAUUCAAAGGGACUUACUCAAGGUCACUUAAAUGGGAAGGGCUCAAUGUUAAAAGGAAAAGAUCAUCAGCACCAGUUGGAUUUGAAAUACAUCAAACAGAAUGGAAAGCCACACAAUAUUCAGUCUGCAUUGGAAAGUUCAAGACAUGCUGGUGUGACCCUAGGAGAAUCUUCCAAGUCGAGGCUGGAAGAUAAAUCAAAACCCCUAGCUAAGCCACAUUCUGUGUAUUGGAAAGACAUGGUGGACAGUGGUGAUGUAAGAGAGAAAGGUCAGCAGAAUCUGAGACGUUCAAACAGUCUGGAACGGUUAAACCAGAAGAAGUUCAGCAGCUUUACACAAAGUGAUCAACAGUCUGUAAACAAAGGUGGCAGUCCAACAGAUGAAAUGGAUGUUCCAGGCCUAACAGCACUGCAGGAAAGGAUUGCAGAAGCAGAAGAGAAUCUGAAGAAAGAAAUGAAAGUUUACACUGGUUUUAAAACAAUUUCUCAGCUUGUCAUGACUGACCCUGUAAAGCAGAGGGAAAUGGAGGCUAAGGUUUCACAGAGCCAGCAAAAGAUAACCGAAUGGGAGGAAGAACUAAAACAUCUCCAAGAUGAGCAGGUGUUUUUGAUGGAGUCACACCGGAAGAAAAUGCUGAAGGUUAAAAUAGGAGACUUGGAAACUGACCUAGAUAAACAAAUCCGGAGUCAGAGAAGUCUUGAAAUGUUACUUGGUGUAGUAGAAGAGAAUAGAAAGAAGGAGGUUAUGGAAAAUCUUGAAGUUUGUGCCCAGCUUGUGGACAAGAUUAGAACAAAAAUCACUGAAUUAGAAGCUUCCUUGUACAGUCUAACAGAAAAGCCAGCAGCAUCAAGUCAAAAGCACAUGGCAGAGCAGAGUCAGCGAGUUGUGACUGAACUUAUUAAUACAGAGAAGGAUUACUGUAAUGACCUUGAGCUUUGUGUGAAUUAUUUUCUUCGUGAGCUACAAUACUCUCAGGUGAAGGAUCUCGACUGCGAAGGAUUGUUUGGUAAUAUCGAGAGUGUCCUGAAAACCUCACAGAAACUUCUAACCAGCUUAGAAAACGCUGUCGAUAAUACGAAAGGAAAUGAUCAAGAACUUGGAAAGUGCUUUGUGGAUAUUGCUGACGAAAUGAAGGAGGUUUACGCUGUGUAUUGUAGAAAUCACGAUGAUGCUAUCUCGCUCGUGGAAAAGUAUGAAGAAAUACCAGAUAUACAAGAUGCCUUUACAAAGUGUCUGGACAAAAUUAGGGAACACACGCGAUGUUGGAACUUGUCAUCGUUUCUGAUUAAGCCGGUCCAGAGAGUUCUCAAGUAUCCGCUCUUAUUGAAUGAGUUGCUUAAGUACACGGCUGAAAUCCACCGAGACAAGUACAACUUGAUAAAGGCGAUAUCAGUCAUGACUGAUGUGGCGAACGCCAUCAAUGAAUUUAAACGGAGAAAAGAUCUUGUUGUCAAGUACAAGAAAGUAGAGGACAGUGGUUUAACAAAUAUGAUACAAAAACUCAACUGGCAUUCAGUUGUGAAGAAAGGAUCCAGGUUUAAUCAGAGACUAACACAGCUCACAGGACUUGUGUCACAGACUGUCGACGAAAAGUUCAUUGAAGAAGAGAAAAGAUUUCGUAUAAUGGAGAAAACAGUGAAAACGAUGUCGAAGAACAUUUCUGUUUACCUGGAGGAUUUUAAGGAAGCUAUGGAUUGCCACAAGUUGUCAGGGCAGAAUGUCAGUGACUUUUAUCGAGAAGCUUCGACGUGCUCUGAAGUUUCUACUUUUCUGAGAAUACAAAUGAAAAUUGGUGAAACUGUUCUUACAAGAUUCAUGGACAGUGUUCAAACGGAGGUUCUAUCUCCACUCAAUACCUUACUCAACUUGUUCCAAGGCCCCCAGCGUUUAAUCCAGAAACGAAACGACAAAUGCUUGGACUACGACCACAAGUCAAACAAGAUUGACAAGAUUAAAGACAGGGAAAAGUUGAAAGCGGCCAAAGAAGAGCUGGAACUUGCCAAGAAAAACUACGAGGCUUUGAACACUCAACUGUUGGAAGAGAUUCCUGGAUUUACCGAAAAGUGUAUGGCUUUAGUUCUAGACUGUCUGGAAAACUUUGCUUUAGCACAAAAGAAACUGUACAGUGAAGUGCACGAAGACUACGACCAACUCUUACAGCUUCCAGUUGUGCAGGAAAUGGAAGAGGACGUUAUCGAGCAUCAUAACAAGAGAUCGAUGGAAGUUAUGGAACAGUUCUCAGAGCUCAGCUUUAUACCUUGUAGUUUUGUGGCAAAAGACAGUUCUCGAAAGAAGAGGAGAUCAACAGUGAAAAGCCCAAAUAUGCCAUCCAACCAGCCUGAUACGGUAGAAGAUGAUAUCGGAAACAAGACUAGUCUUUUAGAUUUUACACCUAACGAAGAGGGUGGGGAGGUAGGGGUGGCCAAGAGAGAGGAACCAACAUCCUCUUCUCCUAGGAUUCGACAACCACGACCAGCACCUCGAAGACUCAGUAGCAUAACACAACCUGAGUCCAAAGAUAAUGAUAUCUCACGUUUAGAAGGAAAAUCUCCCGGAGAUGGCAAACUCUACGUUGUCGAAUACAAUUUCGUAGCCCAAAGUGUAGGGGAGUUGUCGGUAUCCGAGGGAGAUAUCGUGUCCGUCCUUCAACACUCGGACAGUAGUGGUAACCCAGAAUGGUGGCUGAUUCGCUCAAAUGCUGGUUCUACGGGUUUUGUGCCGGAGAGCUAUUUAUCCCCGGUGGGCGACAAUGUCAGCGAGCGGGAUGGCCAUGCCGAUGCUGAAGAUGGUGAAAGUUCUUCUGUUAGUAAUUUGAUGGCAGAGAAGGAUCAAGAUAAAAGCGCAGUCGAAACUUCAGCUCCGUUACGUUUCUGCGCUGAUUUCGCAUUUGAGGCCAGCAGUGCAGCAGAGCUGAGUGUAGACGAAGGGCAAAUAGUGGUAGUUUUACAAAAGCAAGAUUUGACAGGGAAUGACGAAUGGUGGCUCGUCGAGGCGCAAGGACGAAAAGGAUACGUUCCUUCGAGUUAUUUAACACAAGUGGAUGAUUGACCUUGCUGAUUGCAACCUGCUGAUUAGAUAUUUCUUCAAGGGGACGAAUCCCUCAAAAUUUUAUUGAGCUGAGUGCGCUGAUUUUUACGUGUGAACUGAUUUAUUUUUCGUGCUUACUAGUUCAUAGGGGAUCAUAAUUUUACAAGGGUAAGAAUCGGUACCAAAGGCGGGUAAAGCUUCAUCAGCUAUAUAAUGAAUUAUGAUUCUGAUUGGUUGAAAGAGAUAGUGUUUUGAAUCGCUUCCAAAAAAAAAAAACAAAAACAAAAACAAACAGAAACAAGUGAGCUGCCUGUUCCAGGCAUUCAUAGCGCGAUAGUAGCGGACGAGUGGAAAAACGAAGGAGGUUUGGGAUCGGGUUGCUUAAUGAACGCCGUUCUCUACGCGACCUCAACCAAACCUUCCUCGUUUUUCUUUUUUGGUAAUGUCGCGCAGUUUACGUUUUCGCUCCGUUUUACUAACUGAACCCUGGAACGGGUUAGGAGUGGGCAAAAUUCAUAAAAAAAAAAAACUAAACAAAACAAAGACAAGUAAGACAGUUCAUGGGGGCGUUCACUAAACACCCAGAAUCGUAACAGGGAAUCAACUGAUAGGCUCAAGGGCGAUAUUUUAAGACGAUUUAGUCUUUCUUUUUCUUGAAACAAUUUCCUUAUUCUACUGUUGAUGCUAGCGAAUGACAUCGGCGAAGAUGAAGUAAUGUGAAUGUCAAAAAGUUAAGUACAUAACCCUACUAGUUGGGUGCGCUGAAAGCUUAAACUUUAAUAAGAAUUUAGACGUCCUUCGGCUUUGCGCUUGAUUUUCACGUGCAUAUUUUGGAGUGUGUCUAGAAAAGUGAGCUUGCGUUCAUGCAACAGAGACAUCAUAAUCAAAAUACGCACAUUUGAGCGAGGGAGAGGUACAUGGCGAUAAGGCCCGAAUAAAUUACAAGUCUAUUCAUUUAUUUAUUUACUUUUUUAAGUCAGAGCAAAAGUCCAAAGACCGAUUUUGCGGUAUGAAAUGACCGUUUAUACGACAUUAAUUUCCACAAGCCAGGCUGAAUUGUGUAUUGUUUUCCAGGGUAAGGUUUUUUAAAACAGCUCUCCUUGCUUGAUAAAUUUAGUUGUAGAUAGGCAACACUGUUUGUAUCCAUGGGCAAAUCAAGCAAUACUUGUAGAUAGAUUAUUUUGAAAUUUUUUGAAGAAACUUGAUAAAAUAGGUUUUUUUCCUUCACAGUUUUGUUGGGAAAGAAAUAUUGCAUUGCUUGUAGAUGGUCUAUAUAACACAUGUUAAUUUAACAAUAUAGAAAAAUCAACAAUUAUAUGCUCACAAAUUAGUGAAGCCAAAUAUUUGCACAUGUGUCAAAAUUGUGAAUUCAUUGCGUAAAAAUUAGCAAGUGAAUGCCUUUAACAGAUUUUUAAAAUAAAAACCAUGUUCAACAUUCAA